GAAAGAUAGGGGUAUGGCAGUGGCUCCUGUGGGGAAACCCAGGAGCUGAGGCUUUCAGGCUUGGGGAUGUCAUGGAGGUGGGCGCUGGGACACAGGAGAGGUUCCGUCAUGGAGUAGGGACAGAGCUUCGACAGGCCUAGGGGGUGCGUUGGCUUUGAGCGCUAACGCGUGCUAAAGCGUAGGGUGCAGCUAGGGCCAGGGUCUUGCCCCGGCUCAGAGAACGGGAAGGGGCAGUUGGUGAUGAAAAGGCCUUGAUGAGAGAAGAGACUUGCGGCAGCUCCGUGGGCGUGGCCUACCCUAGUUUAGCCAAUCCCAGGAUGCGCGCUCCGAGUGCGGGCACGGCCUCGGUGGCCUCGCUGGCGCUUCUGUGGCUGCUGGGGCUGCCGUGGACUUGGAGCGCGGCGGCGGCGUUCGGCGUGUACGUGGGCGGCGGCGGGUGGCGCUUCCUGCGCAUCGUCUGCAAGACCGCGAGGCGGGACCUGUUUGGCCUGUCCGUCCUGAUUCGUGUGCGCCUGGAGCUUCGUCGGCACCAGCGCGCUAGGGACACCAUCCCACGCAUCUUCCAGGCAGUGGCCCAGCGACAACCUGAACGCCUGGCCCUGGUCGACGCGGGCAGUGGUGUUUGCUGGACCUUCGCACAGCUCGAUGCCUACUCCAACUCUGUGGCCAACCAGUUUCACCAGCUGGGCUUUGUGCCUGGUGAUGUGGUGGCAGUCUUCUUGGAGGGCCGGCCUGAGUUCGUGGGGUUGUGGCUGGGCCUAGCCAAGGCCGGCGUGGUGGCUGCCUUGCUCAAUGUUAACCUGCGGCGGGAGCCCCUGGCCUUCUGCCUGGGCACAUCGGGGGCCAAGGCCCUCAUUUACGGCGGGGAGUUGGCUGCAGCGGUGGCGGAGGUGAGCGGGCAGUUGGGGAAGAGCCUCCUCAAGUUCUGUUCCGGAGACUUGGGGCCCGAGAGCGUCUUGCCCGACACACAGCUGCUAGACCCCAUGCUGAAGGAGGCUCCCACGGCGCCCCUGACACAGGCCCCAGGCAAGGGCAUGGACGAUCGUCUCUUCUACAUCUAUACCUCCGGGACCACAGGGCUACCUAAGGCUGCCAUUGUGGUGCAUAGCAGGUACUACCGCAUCGCAGCCUUCGGCCACCACUCCUACAGCAUGCGGCAGGCCGACGUGCUCUAUGACUGCCUGCCCCUGUACCACUCGGCAGGGAACAUCAUGGGUGUUGGGCAGUGUAUCAUCUAUGGGUUGACCGUGGUCCUCCGUAAGAAGUUUUCAGCCAGCCGCUUCUGGGACGACUGCAUCAAGUACAACUGCACGGUGGUGCAGUACAUCGGCGAGAUCUGCCGCUACCUGCUGAAGCAGCCUGUGCGCGACGCCGAGCGGCGACACCGCGUGCGCCUGGCCGUGGGUAACGGGCUGCGGCCGGCCAUCUGGGAGGAGUUCACGCAGCGCUUCGGCGUGCGCCAGAUCGGCGAGUUCUACGGAGCCACCGAGUGCAACUGCAGCAUCGCCAACAUGGACGGCAAGGUGGGCUCCUGCGGCUUCAACAGCCGCAUCCUCACGCACGUGUACCCCAUCCGCCUGGUGAAGGUCAACGAGGACACGAUGGAGCCGCUGCGGGACGCGCAAGGCCUCUGCAUCCCGUGCCAGCCGGGGGAGCCCGGCCUCCUCGUGGGCCAGAUCAACCAGCAGGAUCCACUGAGGCGCUUUGACGGCUAUGUCAGCGACACUGCCACCGACAAGAAGAUUGCACACAGCGUCUUCCGCAAGGGCGACAGUGCCUACCUCUCAGGUGAUGUGUUGGUGAUGGACGAGCUGGGCUACAUGUACUUCCGCGACCGUAGCGGGGACACCUUCCGCUGGCGAGGGGAGAAUGUCUCCACCACCGAGGUGGAGGGUGUGCUGAGCCGCCUUCUCGGCCAGACGGACGUGGCUGUGUAUGGAGUGGCUGUGCCAGGGGUGGAGGGGAAAGCAGGCAUGGCAGCCAUUGUGGACCCCCACAGCAAGCUGGACCCCAACUCCAUGUACCAGGAGCUGCAGAAGGUGCUGGCACCCUAUGCUCGGCCCAUCUUUCUGCGUCUCCUGCCCCAUGUGGACACCACAGGCACCUUUAAGAUCCAGAAAACACGACUGCAGCGUGAGGGCUUUGACCCCCGCCAGACCUCCGACAGGCUCUUCUUCCUGGAUGUGAAGCAGGGUCACUACCUACCCCUGGACGAGGGCGUCUACAGCCGUAUCUGCACAGGUGCCUUCUCACUCUGAUGGACUGGGUCACCUCAGGCUGUUCUCACCAGCCACCUGCUGGGCUGUACAUGAACUGCAAAACUGGAACCUGGAAGGCACCUAUGCCCAUCUUGUUGUCAUGUCCCUCUGCCUGCCAUGUCUCCACCCUCCACACCCAUCCCUGUUCCUCCUCCUCCCUCUCUUCCCCCUGCCAGGAGCCCAGCAAACACUUCCUGGCAGCUGCAUCCUGUGCAGAGACCAGUGUCCUGGGGUCACUGCUAUCCAGUUGUGACCCAGACUGUAGCUUCUGAUUCCUUCCCUCACCACCCCCCCCCCACUGUGCCUUAAGAACCUGCCCAAGCAGCUGGCAGCCAUCCUCCUGCUGGAGUCCGUGGGCUGGGUGGCGCACCUUGUGACUGGAGGGAGAUUGGCAGGAACACCUUACAGAUCUCCCAGGUCAACUGGAAAUAACCUUUGCAUU